CAUCUUGACUUGUAAUUUGUAAAUUCCUUAUUAUUAUUGUUCCUGCAUUGCACUAUUUGAAAUAUUUAUUUUAGAUGCCUGUAAAAAAUUGUAUUUUAAAUAGCCGUUUUAAUUAUGGGAUAUAAAAUGAUUUUACAGUGCAUGUGUGUUAACCCUGAUAGAACUUUAGGCAUCAAUCGUCAAUUUGCUAAACUCGUAGACUGACGAUAGUGAAAAGGAUAUAACUUCAACAUUUACACCUCAAAAAUUCCCCUGAAGCCAAAUUUGUUCCCAUGCACUAUACUCUCUCAUAAUGAUAACUGGAAUGAAAGAAGUGAAUAGGGUAUAAAAACAAAUAUAUUUUCAAUAAAACAUGGUCAAGGACGUCCAGUAUUAUAGCCCAUCCUACAUAAUGCCGUGAUUGCCUUGUUGACGUCAUUUUCACUAGCAUCAGGCGUGAAUACUAUUUGAAAAUGAAAAUGUUAUCUUCAUUUUCUAAAAACAGGUGCGAUAAAUAAGUAUAAGUACAUCUUCCUUAUAUUCGUAAUGUUCUGUAGAGAUAAGAGAGUUUGCCAUUCAUUAAUUUGUUUAAUGUCGUGUUAGUAUUGAAUGGAUUGACCAUUGUUUGUCUGCAUUGCAGUGUUUUUGUUAAUUUUACUUUACUUUUAAAAUCAGAUUAAUGAUUUUUUUUAUGGUGUUUUGGAAAAAAGCAGUAUAAAAAUUGAUAAGUCAUGUUAUCCAAACGAGUUUAUCAUCCUGAUUGAUGUUGAAAUUAUAUUAAGAUAUCAAUAAAAUGUCAUUUUUGAGUGGCCUUAAAAAAGUGCUUCAUUUAGGAAAUAAUGAAACCAAAAAGAAAAAAGUAUUUAACAAUAUUCACAUGGAGUGUGAUGUUGAUGACUUUUGGGAAAUGAUUGGUGAGCUUGGAGAUGGAGCUUUUGGAAAAGUUUAUAAGGCUCAAAAUCGUGAAUCUGGGCAACUAGCUGCUGCUAAAAUGUGCGUACUUGAAGGUGAAGAUGACUUGACUGAUUUCAUGAUUGAAAUAGAUAUUUUAUCUGAAUGCAAGCAUCCUAACAUUGUUCAAUUGCAUGAAGCAUUUUUUGUUAAUUCUAAACUUUGGAUGCUAAUUGAAUACUGUGAUGGAGGUGCUUUGGAUUCAAUCAUGGUGGAGCUGGAUCGUGCAUUAAUAGAAGAACAAAUAGCUUAUGUAUGCAAGUACAUGUGUGAAGCAUUAGCAUUUCUUCAUAAAUGUAAAGUUAUUCAUCGGGAUCUUAAGGCAGGAAAUGUUUUACUGACUACAGAUGCUGGUGUAAAAAUAGCUGAUUUUGGAGUUUCUGCAAAAAAUAAACAAACUCUUCAAAAACGGGAUACUUUUAUUGGUACACCUUAUUGGAUGGCUCCAGAAGUAGUGUUAUGUGAGACUUUUAGGGACAACCCUUAUGAUUUUAAAGUUGAUAUCUGGUCUUUGGGGAUAACACUUAUUGAGUUAGCUCAAAUGGAACCACCUAACCAUGAGAUGUCUCCUAUGCGUGUAUUGCUCAAAAUACAAAAGUCUGAUCCACCAAAAUUAGAACAACCAUCAAAAUGGUCAAAAAAUUUUAAUGAUUUUGUAGCUCAAGCUUUAAUAAAAGAUCCAAUUCAAAGACCUACGGCUGAAGAUCUUCUUAAACACCCAUUUGUUAAUGAAAAUUUAGAUCCUAAACCAAUUAGAGAUUUAUUACUUGAAUACAAAGCUGAUGUUGAAGAGGAAGUUGUUGAUGAAGAACCAGAGGAAUCGCCUCAAUCUACUCAGUUACCACCUCUGGACUUGGAUGUGGCAGAAGAUGAUGAUAUAUCAAUUAAAAGUGAACCUGAAAUUAAAGAGAACAAAGCAGAAGUACCUAAGAAACGAGAAAUGGAUGAUGACUCAUCUGAUAGCAAAAAAAUAAAAAAAGAUGAUGUUUUACCCAUAGAGAAAUAUGAAACAGAAACGGUUUUACUUCCUAAAGACAAUUCAUCUAAGAAAAAUGUGAUAAAGAAACAUUCUGAACAUAAAGGGCCUGCACCACCACCUCCAUUACCACAGCCAAAUAAACAAAAUAAUGAGCCAUCUCAAGAUGUAAAUAAUGAAUUAAAAAUAGAAAACAAUUCUGAGAAUGACAAAAAUACUGAAUUACUAGUUGAUGAAUCUUCUAAAUUAAAAAGUAUUGAAGUAUUGAAAAGGAAUGAUUCUGUUAAUAAUAAUUUAGGAUUGUUAAAACAAUCUUCUAACGAUGAUAAAAAUGUAAUGUGUAUUCAAAAUAUUGAUUUGUCUGAACAUGAUACAAUAAAUUCUAGACCAGUCUUAGUUGUUUCUAGCGCAGAUAAUAGUCUUAUUUCAAAUUCUGUAAUUGAAAUCUCUGCUGGAACUAGAAGAAGUUCUUCAACGUCCAAUCGUAACCAAAGAAGGCCUUCACCUCCUUCUCUUGAUAAAGUUUUACAAAUGAAUAAAAUUACUGAAAAAAAUCAAGAAAAAUUACCUUUAUUUAUUGAAAAUAAAUCAAGUGAUCAAUUAAAAACUUAUAAAAGCGAGACUGAUUUACACAGUAACGAUAAUGUUGAUCAAUGUGACAAUUUGAAUGGAGGAACUUUAGUAAAAGUGGGGUCCUCAACUGCUAUAGAUUCUAAUGUUACAGUUGUAACAACAACCCAUCCUCCAGCUCUUCAAAUCCAUUCACCGGUGCUUCAUACUCAAGUUAUAAUAGUUGCAGAUGACAUCACAAAAUCACAGAUUGAGAAAAAUGAUGAAGUUGUGGUUAUAAACUCUUCUCAAGCAAACAUAGAAGAAUUAGAUUCUAGUCAUGUUUCUGUUAUAACAGUUGGCGAGGAACCUACUGCCAAAGAAACUGAUUUGUGGAAAACCAAAACUAAUCAUGAAAUAAAUAAGCUUGUUAGAGUUCCAAUAAAGGCUUUGCCUGAUUCUAAUAAUGUUAAAAUGAAUGGUUGCACAAAUGUUAUGAAAUCUGUUGAACCCUCAGAAAUUACUAUUGUAGUUAAAAGCUCAAAAAAUUCUAAAAAUGCUAAAGAUGAAGUAUUAAUUAGUGAAAAACAUCAUGUUUCACCAACAAGGUCUAGUACAUGUUCACAUUCUGAUAGUGGAUCAGCUUAUAGUAGUGGUGGUCAUCAAACACCCCCAUCUGCUGCUAGUACUCGUACCUUUGAUCGAUCAGAUGCAGAAAGUGUUUCCACAACAAUAAGCCAUGAUAGUCGAAGUAGUAAUAAAGAAAAUAAUCUUCCUUCUCGAGAAUUUGAAGAUGAAAUUAGUCUACGUAAAAAACCAGAAUAUAGCAGAGAAAUGAAGAGAACUAGUCGAAAUAUAAGUAAAGAGGAAUUAGAAAUAAGGAAUAUGAAAAAGAAAACUAGAAAAAGAACAAGAAAGUUUGAAGUAGAUGGCGUUGUUGUAACAACAACCACUAGUAAAGUUAUCUAUGGUGAUGAAGACUCUAGUCAUGGUUACAAUGAUCAGAUUUUUAGAAAACAAGAACUGAGAGAAUUAAAAAUGCUACAAAAACAAGAACAAAAACAAUUCCAAGAUCUAUCAUUUAAAGCAGCCAUGGCUAAAGAACAACAAGAUAAAAAAUUUGAACAAGAAAGAAUGACAUUAAUUAAGCAAUAUGAAGCUGACCUGGAUGCCAUAAUAAAACAACAACGCCAAGCUGUUGAAAGAGCUGAAUCACAACAAGAAGCUGAUCUUAGAAUGACUUCAAAAAAAAUUCGUUUAGAACAAGAACGAGAAUUAAAAGAAUUUAGAGAAGGAUUGAAACAAGAACUUCGAUUGUUAAAACAAGAAAUCGAUUUAAAACCAAAAGAAAGACGAAAAAAUUUAUUUAAAGAUAAAAAAGAGAAGUUAGAGACUGAACAUGAAGAGAGAGAAAAAUUGUUCCUUGAAAAACUGAAUGAAAAUCAUGAAAGUUCCUUAAGCAGAUUAAGUGAUGCACACCAAGAAAAAAUAGCUCUUAUGGAACGUCAAUAUUUACAACAAAAACAACAAUUGAUGAGAGCAAGAGAAGCUGCUCUCUGGGAAAUGGAAGAAAGACAAAUACAUGAAAAACAACAAUUAGCAAAAAGGCAGCUAAAAGAUGGAUUUUUCUUGCAAAGACACCAAAUGUUGAUAAGACAUGAAAAAGAAUUAGAACAAAUGAAAAGAAUGAAUUUACGCAAAGAUGAAGAAAUGCAAAAGAAAUUGGGAUUAGAAAAGAGGUCUUUACCUAAACGUAUUCGCUCUGAAAUGAAAGCUCGUGAAAUGAUGUUCCGUGAAUCAGUUAGGAUAAGCAUGGCUGCAAUUUCGAAUUCUGAUCCUGAAUAUGAACGCAAUAGACUUAAAAAGUUUCAAGAAAAUGAAAAAAAAAGGUAUCGCGCAGAAACACUUGCUUUUGAAUUGAAACAGCAACGACAAUUAGAAGAACUCAGAAUUGCAAAUGAUACCACCAUCAGAGAACUUGAACAACUACAAAAUGAAAAACGUAAAAUGCUUAUGGAGCAUGAAACUACAAAGCUUAAAGAGCAAGAAGAACUUUAUGCUCGUGAGUUAAGGGAAUGGAAAGCUCACCUAAAACCAAGAAAGCAGAAACUUGAAAUGGAGCUGACAAGGAAUUCCAAAGGGAACCUAUGGACCAAUUGUUAUUUGUUACCUCCGUCCUCUACUUCUUUAUUACUCAGAAGCGAAUAUAUAUUUUCAUCUCUUGGAUUUAGUCCUCGACUAUCCAAAAAUACAUUUCGCUCUCUAAAUUCUGGUUUUUUUCCUAAAAGAAGAAUCAAUAAGAAUAAUUCUAAUAAAUCACACCAAUCCACAUUGUAAUGUUUGUGUCAUUAUUAAAAUUUGGGCAUUUAAUUGUGUUUUGUUUUAUUGCAAAUUAUAAAUCCAGUAUAAUAGUUUUUAGAUUUGAAUUUUAGCACUAAAAAAAAAUAUUCAUUUU